AGUUGUGUCAUGCAUGCACUGGUCACCCCUCACUACGCUAGCGCCCCCUUCUGGGCACCCUACUCGGCGUGCCCUUACAGUUCGCUUGUGCAAGAGGGGGGCCCUGGGUCAGGAGCGGGGGCUAAGGAGAAAGAUGGUCUGUGGAAGAGCCGAGCCGGGACCCCUGGGACCUUCACGGAGGUGGCCUGGGAGCGCUCAGUUCCCAGGCUCAGGCUUCCAGCUGACGCCUCCGGGCCGCAGCGGCCCCCCACCCCUGCCCCAGGAAUGUUCCUCUCCUCUUCAGCCCGCCUCUCCAAGUGCAGGCCCCUGGGGACCGCCACAGCCCCGCCUUCCCUUCCCGGGCGCCCUGGAGGAGGCGAGGCGGGCAGGACGCCUGGGUUCUCUCCUCCCCCCCUUCCCAACUCAGGGAGAAAUUCCUCCGAGGUCCCCUCAGGCUCUGGGUUCCCAAAAUAACCCUGCGGGGGAAGGGAGGCUGAGGAGGGAGGGAAGCGGGCGAGGCGCAGAGCUGAGCUGCGGGGUGCUGCAGGUGCCUCAGGAGAGGGCGCGAGGAGAAGGGGGCCUGCGGGGGCCUGGGGCACCAGCUAGCCCCUGGAGUCCUGGCUCGUCCCCAUCGCCGUGGAGCCCCUCGGCCCUCCCGCGACUCCUUAGGGUGGGCCGGAAGCCUCUCGGCUGGUCGGUUUCCCAACUAGCGGGUUGCACCAUCCAGUGCCAGACCGUUUAACCCCGGGAGUGGCUGCAGCGGACAACUCCUCCCCUGUCCAGCAGGGGGCGUGCCCGCCCCGCCCCGUUCCUACCCGUGGGGCCGCUCCCCCGGCCCGCGCCUCCGCAGACUCCGGCUGUCUUUCCCGGACAGGGCUUCGGUGCUAACCCGGUGGGAGGCUCUGGGAGGCUCCCGGAACGCAGCUUGGGCCCAGCCCACCCGCGCUGGCGGCCAUGGCGGGCACCCUGGACCUGGACAAGGGCUGCACGGUGGAGGAGCUGCUCCGCGGCUGCAUCGAAGCCUUCGAUGACUCCGGGAAGGUGCGGGACCCGCAGCUGGUGCGCAUGUUCCUCAUGAUGCACCCCUGGUACAUCCCCUCCUCUCAGCUGGCAGCAAAACUGCUCCAUAUUUACCAACAAUCCCGGAAGGACAACUCCAAUUCACUGCAGGUGAAAACGUGCCACCUGGUCAGGUACUGGAUCUCAGCUUUCCCAGCGGAGUUUGACUUGAACCCGGAGCUGGCUGAGCAGAUCAAGGAGCUGAAGGCUCUGCUAGACCAAGAAGGGAACCGCCGGCACAGCAGCCUCAUUGACAUCGAGAGCGUCCCCACCUACAAGUGGAAGCGGCAGGUGACCCAGCGGAACCCUGUGGAACAGAAAAAGCGCAAGAUGUCCCUGUUGUUUGACCACCUGGACCCCUUGGAGCUGGCGGAGCAUCUCACCUACUUGGAGUAUCGCUCCUUCUGCAAGAUCCUGUUCCAGGACUAUCACAGUUUUGUUACUCACGGCUGCACCGUGGACAACCCUGUCCUGGAGCGAUUCAUCUCCCUCUUCAACAGUGUUUCGCAGUGGGUGCAGCUCAUGAUCCUCAGCAAGCCCACAGCCCCGCAACGGGCCCUGGUCAUCACCCACUUCGUCCACGUGGCAGAGAAGCUGCUGCGGCUGCAGAACUUCAACACGCUGAUGGCGGUGAUCGGGGGCCUGAGCCACAGUUCCAUCUCCCGCCUCAAGGAGACCCACAGCCACGUCAGCCCUGAGACCAUCAAGCUCUGGGAAGGUCUGAUGGAACUAGUGACAGCCACGGGCAACUAUGGCAACUACCGGCGCCGGCUGGCAGCCUGCGUGGGCUUCCGCUUCCCCAUCCUGGGUGUGCACCUUAAGGAUCUGGUGGCCCUGCAGCUGGCGCUACCUGACUGGCUGGACCCUGCCAGGACCCAGCUCAAUGGGGCCAAGAUGAAGCAGCUCUUUAGCAUCCUGGAAGAGCUGGCCAUGGUGACCAGCCUGCGGCCACCGGUGCAAGCCAACCCUGACCUGCUGAGCCUGCUCACGGUGUCUCUGGAUCAGUAUCAGACGGAGGAUGAGCUGUACCAGCUGUCCCUGCAGCGGGAGCCGCGCUCCAAGUCCUCGCCAACCAGCCCCACAAGCUGCACACCACCUCCCCGGCCCCCUGUGCUGGAGGAGUGGACCUCAGCUGCUAAGCCCAAGCUGGACCAGGCCCUUGUGGUGGAGCACAUCGAGAAGAUGGUGGAGUCUGUGUUCCGGAACUUUGACGUCGAUGGGGAUGGCCACAUCUCACAGGAAGAGUUCCAGAUCAUCCGUGGGAACUUCCCUUACCUCAGCGCCUUUGGGGACCUCGACCAGAACCAGGAUGGCUGCAUCAGCAGGGAGGAGAUGGUCUCCUACUUCUUGCGCUCCAGCUCUGUGCUGGGCGGCCGCAUGGGCUUCGUACACAACUUUCAGGAGAGCAACUCCUUGCGCCCGGUCGCCUGCCGCCACUGCAAAGCCCUGAUCCUGGGCAUCUACAAGCAGGGCCUGAAAUGCCGAGCCUGUGGUGUGAACUGCCACAAGCAGUGCAAGGACCGCCUGUCCGUGGAGUGCCGGCGCCGGGCCCAGAGUGUGAGUCUUGAGGGGUCUGCACCCUCACCCUCACCCACACACACCCACCAUCAUCAUCGCGCCUUCAGCUUCUCCCUGCCCCGCCCUGGCAGGCGAGGCUCCCGGCCUCCAGCAGAGAUCCGUGAGGAGGAGGUGCAGACGGUGGAAGAUGGGGUGUUUGACAUCCACUUGUAAUCAAUGCUGUGACUGGAUCAAGGAUUCAUUCCUGCCUUGGAGAAAACACUUGGACCAGAGCAGGGAGCCUGGGGGUGCUGGGGCAGGAGGCUGGGGCUGGGGGCGGGCAUGAGGGUAGCAUGCGGCUAAGGAUAGGGCCUGGGCUGGUGUCCCUAAGGUUGUACAGACUCUUGUGAAUAUUUGUAUUUUCCAGAUGGAAUAAAAAGGCCCGUAUAAUUAACCU